AUCCUUUCUCUGGCCCGCAGACCUCUAACGAGCGAGCCAACCAUGCUGCGGCUUGCUGGACUCUUACUGUGUGUGACCUCCUUUCUAAGCACCUCGUCUCUUGGUGCGAGUGCUGGACCUCGGCUAGAUAAUGACAAACUCUACAGAUACAGCUACAGCGCUGAGGUCGGGCUGAACAGGCUGACGGGAUCCACUAGGGGGAAUGCUGGAUUCAGGAUUAGCAGUGAUGUGGACAUCAGCCUCGUCUGGAGGAACUCAGAGAUCAAGGAUGAACAGCUACUUCAAGUGCAGAUUUCAAAUGUUCAAGUUGAAAGUGCUGGAAAGCACUCCCGCAAAAACAACAUCUUUCACGGCAGCUCAGCAGAAAGCAUUCUGGGUAGAGUCAGGCUUGAGGCACUUCAGAGGCCCUUCAUGGUGCUGUGGAAGAUGGGCAAGAUCAGAAGCCUGUAUACCCAUAAGGCGGAGCCUGCUACCAUCAAAAACUUGAAGAGGGGUGUGGCCAGUAUGCUAAUGAUGCAGCUAAAGUCCGGGAAGAUGAUGGAGGCUGAUGCUUCAGGGAAAUGCUUAGUUGAGUACAAGGCUACCAAACAUCAGGUGAUCCGUACAAAACACUUAGAAACCUGCAAAACGCAAGAGACGGGAUUCACCACUCACAGCCCAGUAUUGGGUGUCAGUGGGAAGUCUGCUUCUGAAACAGUAAUCACUCUGGAGAAUGGCAUCAUUAAGUCUGCCGAUACUGAGGAAACACACAUUUUGUCCAUCAAUGCUCGUCAUACAGCUGCAACUAAAGUCCUGUCCAGGCAGUCAUUGACGCUUAAAAAGAUUGAGGUAGGGCCAGCAGAAGCGGCGGGUAAAGAUGUCGCAGGUGUGGUGAAGUCUCUGGAUGACAAACUCAUGUCUGUUGGAGUCAUAGUGGAGAAAGUUAAAGCCAAGUGCAAGGGAUGCCCCAAUCUGAUGGACACAUGGAAGGCGGUGAGGUCUCAGCUGGAGCCGGACUCACUCUCUAAAGCAGAAGCCCCGAGAAGCUUCCUCACGCUCUUACACAGCCUGCGCAAAGCCAGCAAGGCAGAGAUCCUCACAGUACUGCGCAACUGCAGCAAGACUGCACUGCCUCAGCUGGUGGAUGCAGUCACAUCAGCGCAGACUCCAUCUUCUCUCUCAGCCAUUCUGGAGUUUCUGGACUUCAGCAAGAAGGAAGGUUUAGUGCUACAGGAGCGCUUUCUGUACGCAUGUGGUUUUGCCUCCCACCCGACAGAGACCACGCUUCAGUCCCUGCUGGAUGUGUCUAACGGAAAGAUUGGCAGCUCAGACAUUAAGGAGUCAGUUGUGAUCAUCAUGGGAGCUCUGCUCAGGAAACUCUGUCUGAAAGGAGCAUGUGAACUACCGACAGUGCUUAAGGUGAAAGAGCUGCUGUUGGCAGGGCCUGACAGCACUCAGGUGGAGUCUGAGGUUCAGAUGUACCUGCUAGCAUUGAAGAACGCUCUUCUACCGGAGAGUGUUCCUCUUCUUGCCAGAUAUGCUGAGUCGGAGGUGGGAGCGUAUAGCACCAUUGCCAUCACAGCGCUGCAGAGAUACGACCCUAAGCUUAUCACACCAGAGGUGAAAAAGACAGUGAACCGCAUAUACCAUCAGAACCAGCGUAUUUAUGAGAAGAACGUUCGUGCCGCGGCAGCUGAUCUGAUUAUGAGCAGUAGUCCAUCAUAUAUGGAAGUGAAGAACGUUCUGCUCUCCAUCGGACACCUGCCGCAUGAGAUGAACAAAUACAUGCUGUCUAAAGUCCAGGACAUAUUGCGCUUCGAGAUGCCGGCCUGUAAAUUGGUACAACAAGUGAUGAAGGACAUGGUUUCCCACAACUAUGACAGAUUCUCGAAGGCUGGGUCAUCAUCUGCUUUUUCAGGAUUCAUGGCACGAACUGCAGAUGUAACUUGCACCUACAAUUUGGACAUCCUGUACUCUGGCUCAGGCGUAUUGAGGAGAAGCAACAUGAACAUUUAUGGUCAGAGCAACAGUGCCCUCCUUCAUGGCCUCCAGGUGACAAUUGAAGCACAAGGUCUAGAGUCUCUAAUUGCAGCCACGCCGGAUGAAGGAGAAGAAGAACUGGAGUCUUUUGCUGGUAUGUCUGCUCUUCUGUUCGAUGUUCAGCUCCGCCCAGUGACCUUCUUCAAGGGCUACAGUGACCUGAUGUCCAAGAUGUUCUCUAUGUCUGGAGAUCCGAUCAAUGUGGUGAAGGGCCUUAUUCUUCUGACAGAUCACUCACAGGUGAUUCCUCUUCAGUCUGGUGUAAGAGCCAGUGCUGAGUUCCAAGGCGGUCUGGCCAUCGAUAUCUCUGGAGGGAUGGAGUUCAGCUUAUGGUAUAGAGAGUCUAAGACGAGCGUCAACAACAGGGGAGCUCUGGUCUUCAUUGGAAACGUGACAGUGGAUAUGGACUUUGCAAGCGCUGGAGUGGAAGUAGGUUUUGAGACAGAAGCCACCCUAGACUUCAUCACUACAGUGCAGUUCUCCGAGUACCCCUUCCUCGUCUGCAUGCAGAUGGACAAAACCACUUUCCCCUUCAGAGAGAUGGUGUCCAAGCAGGAGAAGCUGCCUUCAGGACGGACAUUCUCCUCAAAGAGGAGCAGAGAGCAGCUGGUGCCGGGCUCAGAGUUUCCUCUACACCAGGAGAACUCGAACAUGUGCAAGAAAGUCUUUGAGCAGGCCUGGUAGACCAACUAGCAAAUGUAAAAGGUUUUCACACAGACAACCACUCUGUACAAGUAUGUUUUGCGGUGACUGUAUGUGCUAAAACCUGUUGGACAUGUGGACACUUAAAAAUGAAGGUUCCAAAAGGUGUUUUGCGCAGUGAUGCCAUAG